AUGGAUGGACACAUGAAGAUUCAACCCAAACUCAAAGGAGGACCACAAGCUUGGGGCUCGACGAAAGAGAAUAGCGACAUACUUUAUCUGACUUCGGGCUCAAAAACCUCUUCCCGUCCUCUUCCCCACACAGCAUUGGGCUUAACUCUUCUAACCUCUUCUAGCCUCAUUAAAAAAACGCCCUACGCCCUAAACAAAAAAAAACGCCGCUCCAGCCAUCUUCUCGUUCGUUCUCCUUCUUCUUCUCGCAUCCUUCCCAUCGAUCAACCUGUUGAAGACCGACUCCAGCCUCCGCUGCCCCUCCAUCGCCGGUCGCCGGCCGCGGUUCCCCCUCAAUCGCCGGUCGCCACUGCUGUUGGCAUCGUCUUCACGUGCGAUCUUUGCUGCCCUCGGUUUCAUCAAUGCCUCACCUGAUCCACCUUCUUGUGCCUCGCCUAAAGCUUCUAUUACUGCUGAUGAUUUAGCAUUGGAGAUGCAAAAAGCUCUACGCCAUUUGACUCAAGGGCCAACAAUUCCCCAAUGUUUAGAGAAGCUUGAGUUGCUCGAGUUAGACCCAGUAGACCCUCUACGAUUUGCUGCGUAUCACAUUUUUGGAGGGACGAUGAAUAUAAGAGAGAUGUGGGUAAAUUUGCCUAACGAUCCACAAAUAUUAAGAGGAUGAAUUGAGAUGACAGCUACAAGUUUAGGAGUUCUAAAGGAUGGAAAGAUUGUUCGUUAAGUUUAUAUGUUUGAGUUGUUUAGGUUUUAAUUGCAUGUUUUGGAACUAUAUGGUUAUGUUUUUUGGUUAUUUGCUACUUGAAUGUUAUUUGUAGUAUUUAGUACUUGAAUGUUAUGGUAUGUGGUACUUGAGAUGUUA